GCCCCUUCUCGUUCACCGCCUUGGACGCCGGACUGGGGCGGGGCAGCGACUGCAGAUUCCUGAGCCCUGACCCACCCCCGCCCCAGAGACUGCGGCUGCGCGGGCCCGGGACAUCUGCAUCGUGAUGACUGCCAGCUCAGUGGAGCAGCUGCGGAAGGAGGGCAACGAGCUGUUCAAAUGCGGGGACUACCAGGGAGCCCUGACGGCCUACACCCAGGCCCUGGAUCUGGGCGCGACGCCCCAGGACCAGGCCAUUCUGUACCGGAACCGGGCCGCCUGCCACCUCAAGCUGGAAGAUUACGACAAGGCCGAAACGGAGGCAUCCAAAGCCAUUGAAAAGGACGGCGGGGAUGUCAAAGCGCUUUACCGACGCAGCCAAGCCCUAGAGAAGCUGGGCCGCCUGGACCAGGCUGUCCUUGACCUGCAGAGAUGUGUGAGCCUGGAGCCCAAGAACAAAGUUUUCCAGGAGGCCCUGCGGAACAUCGGGGGCCAGAUUCAGGAGAAGGUGCGAUACAUGUCCUCGACGGAUGCCAAAGUGGAGCAGAUGUUUCAGAUACUACUGGACCCGCAGGAGAAAGGCACUGAGAAGAAGCAGAAGGCUUCUCAGAACCUGGUGGUGCUGGCCCGGGAGGAUGCCGGAGCUGAGAAGAUCUUCCGGAGUAACGGGGUUCAGCUCUUGCAACGCCUGCUUGACACGGGAGAGAGUGACCUGAUGCUGGCAGCUCUGCGCACCCUGGUCGGCAUUUGCUCUGAGCACCAGUCACGGACAGUGGCGACCUUGAGUGUGCUGGGAACACGGCGCGUGGUCUCCAUCCUGGGCGUGGAGAACCAGGCUGUGUCCCUGGCUGCCUGCCACCUGCUGCACGUUAUGUUUGAUGCCCUCAAGGAAGGUGUCAAGAAAGGAUUCCGAGGCAAAGAAGGCGCCAUCAUCGUGGAUCCCGCCCGGGAGCUGAAGGUCCUCAUCAGUAACCUCUUGGAGCUACUGACUGAGGUGGGGGUCUCGGGCCAAGGCCGAGACAAUGCCCUGACCCUCCUCAUCAAAAUGGUACCCCGAAAGUCUCCCAAGGACCCCAACAACAGCCUCGCCCUCUGGGUCAUUGACCAAGGUCUGAAGAAGAUUCUGGAGGUGGGGGGCUCUGUGCAGGACGCUCCCGGGGAGCUCACGGUGACGGCCAACAGCCGCAUGAGCGCCUCCAUCCUCCUCAGCAAGCUCUUCGAUGACCUGAAGUGCGAUGCCGAGAGGGAGAAUUUCCACCGACUCUGCGAAAACUACAUCAAGAGCUGGUUUGAGGGCCACGGGCUGGCCGGGAAGCUGCGGGCCAUCCAGACGGUGUCCUGCCUCCUGCAGGGCCCAUGUGACGCCGGCAACCGGGCCCUGGAGCUGAGUGGCGUCAUGGAGAGCGUGAUCGCUCUGUGUGCCUCUGAGCAGGAGGAGGAGCAGCUGGUGGCUGUGGAGGCCCUGAUCCACGCGGCCGGCAAGGCCAAGCGGGCCUCGUUCAUCACCGCCAAUGGUGUCUCGCUGCUGAAGGACCUGUACAAGCGCAGCGAGAAGGACAGCAUCCGCAUCCGGGCGCUGGUGGGACUUUGUAAGCUGGGCUCGGCCGGUGGCACUGACUUUAGCAUGAAGCAGUUUGCUGAAGGCUCCACUCUCAAACUGGCCAAGCAGUGUCGAAAGUGGCUGUGCAAUGACCAGAUUGACGCAGGCACUCGGCGCUGGGCAGUGGAGGGCCUGGCCUACCUCACCUUUGAUGCCGACGUGAAGGAAGAGUUUGUGGAGGACGAGGCUGCCCUCAAGGCCCUGUUCCAGCUCAGCAGGUCCGAGGAGAGGUCGGUGCUCUUCGCGGUGGCCUCAGCGCUGGUGAACUGCACCAACAGCUACGACUACGAGGAACCCGACCCCAAGAUGGUGGAGCUGGCCAAGUAUGCCAAGCAGCACGUGCCCGAGCAGCACCCCAAGGACAAACCGAGCUUCGUGCGGGCUCGGGUGAAGAAGCUGCUGGCAGCGGGCGUGGUGUCGGCCUUGACGUGCAUGGUGAAGACCGAGAGCCCGGUGCUGACGAGUUCCUGCCGCGAGCUGCUCUCCAGGGUCUUCCUGGCUUUGGUGGAGGAGGCUGAGGACCGCGGCACCGUGGUCGCUCAGGGAGGGGGCAAGGCUUUGCUCCCGCUGGCCCUGGAGGGCACUGACGUGGGGCAGACGAAGGCGGCCCAGGCUCUCGCCAAGCUCACCAUCACCUCCAACCCAGAGAUGACCUUUCCUGGCGAGCGGGUCUACGAGGUGGUGCGGCCCCUUGUCUCCUUGCUGCACCUCCACUGCUCGGGCCUGCAGAACUUCGAGGCACUCAUGGCUCUGACAAACCUGGCGGGCAUCAGUGAGAGGCUCCGGCAGAAGAUCCUGAAGGAGAAGGCCGUGCCCAUGAUUGAGGGCUACAUGUUUGAGGAGCACGAGAUGAUCCGACGGGCGGCCACGGAGUGCAUGUGUAACCUGGCCAUGAGCAAGGAGGUGCAGGACCUCUUUGAAGCCGAGGGCAAUGACCGGCUGAAACUGCUGGUGCUGUACAGUGGCGAGGACGACGAGCUGCUCCAGCGCGCGGCUGCUGGGGGCCUGGCCAUGCUCACUUCCAUGCGGCCCUCGCUCUGCAGCCGCAUCCCCCAAGUGACCACGCACUGGCUGGAGAUCCUGCAGGCCCUGCUUCUGAGCCCCAACCAGGAGCUGCAGCACCGGGGCGCCGUGGUGGUGUUGAACAUGGUGGAGGCCUCGAGAGAGAUUGCUAGCACCUUGAUGGAGAGCGAGGUGCUGGAGAUCCUGUCGGUGCUGGCUAAGGGCAAAGAGAGCCCCGUCACCAGGGUGGCCGCAGCUUGCCUGGGCAAAGCGGUGGACUAUGGGCUUAUCAAGCCCAACCAGGAUGGAGAGUGAGGGGCUGCUAAUGCACACGCUACCUACCACAGCACAGGGGGCCAGGACAGACACGGCCUUGCUGGUGGGGGCUGGGUCCCAAACACUCUGGCCUCUCCUCUGCAGCUGCCCUUUGAUGUCCUCUGCUCUGAGUCAGGGGCCACAUCAGUCACAGCCCUGCUCUGCCAGCACUGCCUCCAGCCUCACGCUGCAGGGCCCUCUCCUGUACUACUGUAGAUAGCUGAGGGUGGGGAAGGUGACUCCGAACUCAGCCUGUGGAUUCCUGCACUGGGAAGGGCAUGUUGAGCAGCCUCACCACCUUGAGCACCACCUGAGCCAGCUAGCAGGCCUGCUGCUGACCCACUAAUAAAAGUGUGUGAAAUCGAA